AUGGAGGAUCUUGCAAACCAUUGUAAAGGUUUGUCUAUUUCGGACACAGACGGGCCAACUUUCGACCUUGAGGAGGAAUUGGCUACGCAAGAAUACAUCAUUGCUGGUAAAUUCUAUACAAGAAGGGCUUUGAAUAUGGAAGCUAUAGCUUCGACUUUUAUGCCAUUGUGGAGAUCCAGGAAUGGCUUCAAAGUCAAAAAUAUGGGAAACCACAUAGUCCUCUUCACGUUUGAUAAUAAACAUGAAGUACAUGACAUCCCAGUGCGGUUCAUGAACCCAAAGGUGGCGGAAGGGAUUUGUAGUACUGUGGGCACGGUUGUCCGGAAGUCUGAGACGGAGAUGAAUGGGGGGAGUUUUAUGAGGGUAAGAGUCAACGUGGAUAUCACUCAUCCACUAAGUCGAGGAAGAAUGGUAUCAGUUGGACAAGGCAGAGAAAAGUGGGUCUCUUUCAAAUAUGAGCGCCUACCUAAUAUUUGCUAUUGGUGCGGCUGUCUUAACCAUGAUGAUAGGGAUUGUGAGGUGUGGCUUGAUAGUGAAGGCUCCCUAAAAGUUGAAGAACAGAAAUUUGGUCCUUGGCUUCAUGCUCCACCUAGCAAUCUUCAGGAUGGUCCGUUGGAGAAUAAAUUAGAGAGAGAGGUAGGUGCUGUAGAGAAGAAUGAUGAGCCACCUGUAGGGGAACGGACUGCCAGCCCAUCAGGAAUUAAUCCACAUUUACUCCCUUCCAAUAAUGACCCGGAUCAAGCUAUGAAAUCAAGGGAAUCGACGCAAAAGGAAACUUUCCUUUCUGAGAUUGCUGAAAUUGAUGAGGGGCUGUCUAAAUUAAAGGCCAGGCCAAUUACAGUAACCGACUCUUUGAAUGCUGAAGCUCCAAUCAAUGUGCACGUGACUAGUGAGGAAGUAAAGGAGGCGGCUAGGGUUUCUCAAGUCCUAGAGGGUGUCUAUCAUGCAAACCCACGUGCAGCAACUACUGAAGCACAGAAUAUUCCAUCUCCACGGCAACAAGGGUCAUGGAAGAGGUUGAACAGAGCAGAUGGACCCAGCAAGCUGAUCGGAAAAUCCAGCACUAUUGAAUCGGUGCUAUCAAGCAAAAGAGUGUAUGAGGAACUAUCCAAUCCCAAUGGUUUACCAAACAAAAAACGCGCGGUUUCUGUUGAGAUUAUUUCUUCAAAGUUGGCGGAGGCUGAUGCUCAGCCCCGCCCUACACAAUGA